AUGAAGUUCGCUCGGGGCUUUAAAGAAACGCUGGCCAACCAAGAUUUCCCGCCUCACUGGGUUACCAGGGCUAUACCUUAUGGCCAGCUAAAGAAAUGUCUUAAGAAGGUCCAGCGAGAACUACACGACCUGGGCCUCGAUCCCGAGACUCUUCGUGCAUUACUCGACCCCACCACAACAUCUCCCAUCGCGCUACAAUAUAAUUUAAAAACUGCGACCGACUCCAAUUUCGUUCAACCAAAACUUACCGUCUACGUCCACUUGGAGGAUGGCGUCGCCGUGGAUGCGUCCCUGACACCUACGUCGCGAGGCUUCUUCGAGCGUGUUGCCGCAGAGAUUCGCUCUGAUCAUUUGGCCUUGGCAGGCGUGCAUACCCUCACGCAAUCUGCAUCAACGAGUCCCGUACGAAGCUCUCCCCACGAUGCUGGCCUCCAAGCCGACGGCGACGACCACGACACGUAUGAGACUGUUGAAGUACCUCUGGUAUGUGAUGCCGAGUUCUUCGACAUGCUUCAAAGCGACGUAAACAAUUUAGACGCUCUCCAUGUAGAGGAGGAGGGGAGAAUGACUGCAGAGGCGGUGGAGCUCGGCAAGGAGGUCUCAUUUGUGUGCCGUACCAGUCGGUUUUCCAAAAGCGACCUUACUCGCUGGCGUCGCAUAUUCGAGUUAUACCUGGAUGCUGAAGUAUUCUUCAGUACCCAUGAAAGAGAUCAUGGUACACGCUCAAGUCAAAUGGCGCUUAAGCAAUUGCAGUGGUUUCAAACCGAAGUUGAGAAGGGUUAUCUUGCAAACAACUUUAAGCUCCGGGAGAGUCAGAUGGCCUUUACGAGAUUCGUCAAUCUCAACCUGAGCUUGUUAAAGAACCUUCAGUUUCAGGAAUUGAACAAACUCGCCAUAGUCAAAAUCCUGAAAAAGUUCGAUAAAAGAACAUCACUCGGCGUGUCACAAACAUUUCGAUCUGCUAUACAAUCCGAGGGCUUCCUAUCAAGAGACAUUGCUAAAGACAUUUGCGCUCAGAUGUCGCAGGAGUUGGUCACUGUUGUGCCUCAAUUGAAUGACUACCUAUGUCCAGUGUGCUUCUCUGUAGCAUAUCGCCCAGUGCGACUUGACUAUGUUGUCAUGAACGCGUCUGCAGAUAACCUUGACCGUGUUCUGGAAAAGUAUAUGAAAAAAUACUUCGCUAAGGAAGUAAAGGAGAAACAACGGGCGAAUGAGAUGGAGCGAGGCAUUGAAGACUACGGGCCCGGUUACACACAUCAUGACUGCCUGGUUAUGUAG